AAAUGUUAGUGACGUCACACAGAAAUGAACAGAAAUCAAAAAUGUAAUGGUGGGACAUUACUCUUGCGUUUUGCAAUAGGAACGUGAUCGUGAUGGAGAACGUUGAAGCAGCUGAACAUUGGCCCUUGAAUUUUAUGAAAAAUGAUUGGUUUUCAAAGGGAAAUGAUGUGAUAGAGGUUCAUGUCUAUGUGAAAGAUGUAACUCAUUGCAAAGUUAAUUUUGAAGAGGAAUUUUUGGGAAUUUACUUUCAAACAAGAAAUGAGCAAUUCUACAAAAUUCAUGGACCCAAAAUCGAUGGUUGCAAGCCUACAGCAUUCUCAUAUUCUAUUCACACAAGUGCAAGAAUCGUUCCAGAAAAAUGCUCGUUUUCUGUUUCUAAGACACGCAUUGAAUUGAAGCUAAUGAAAGCAAUUCCAGGUCACUGGGUAUCACUUGAAUCUAGGAAGGCUGUAACAGACAGGAAAAAGGCUUGUGAUGCUGACAACCAACAAUCUGUUAACAAAUUGUGUGAAAUCAGCAAUAAUAAGAAUGAAUGUUAUGAAAGUAGGAAAAUACAAGAUACAAAAGAUGCGCUUGCAGAUGAGCUACCAUUGAAGAACAGGCCAAUGGCAGGAAAAUCAAAGGACAGUAUAGGAAGACAAUUUGGUUCCCCAGAAAACAUGAUGCUUUUAGGGGGAAAAUCAACUCCAUUCUCAAAGAAGAGUGGGGACCAAGAGACCAAAGUGGAUAAAGAAACAACUGCAGUUUGUGAGCCACAAGCUAGUUCUACAACAAAAGAAAUUAACAUUCAGAAAAAUCUAAACAAAACUGUAACUGCUGGCCUAACAGGCCUUGAAAAUUAUGCUAAUAACUGCUACAUGAAUGUAGUUAUCCAAGUUCUUGCUAAUAUCCCAGAGAUACGGGAGUAUUUUGCUGAUGAUCAUUUCUUGAAUUCCUUGAACACGCAGAAUCCAAUGGGCUCUGGUGGCAAUGUUGCUAAAGCAUUUGCUGAAGUGAUCAAGGCCUUAUGGUGUUGUGAAAGAAAGACUGUUGUGCGACCACAAGCACUGAAGCACAUCAUGGGUAAAAGGUGCAGUCUGUUCAUGGGAUUCCAACAAUGUGAUGCCCAGGAGUUUUUUGCCACUCUUCUUGACAAUCUACAUGAGGACAUGAACCAGGGCAGUAGGCCAGAGAGAAGCAACGAGAGUGCCAGCAAAGAUGAAGAUGGCCCAGCCAUAAAUGAGAAAGCAGACACUGCUUGGGAAGAUCAUUUCAGAAGGAAUAACUCAGUCAUAGUGAAAAUGUUCCAUGGACAGAUGGUUUCAAAACUUACAUGCCAAGCCUGUCGCAAGGUAUCCACAACCUAUGAAGCCUGUGGGCAAAUUUCCCUUCCAAUCGCCAUGUCAAAACAGUAUUUCCAUGUAAUCAUGUUCUUUAGAGAUCCAACCCGACAACCUGAAAGGAUUCGUCUGCAAGUGUCAUCCUCUCAUGCACAGGUUUGGCAUUUUUUGACCAUUCUUGAAAGGGUUGUCUCUAUUCCUGCAAAUUGCAUGCGGGUUUUUCAGGAUUCCCGCGGAUCCUGUAGUGUCACCGUAGACGAAAACGCACCAGUUACAGCAAUAAGAAAUUCAAGGCAGGUCAUUGUUUGUGAAACAAAAGAUGAAAAAGAGGCUGAUACUGUCUCUUUACCAUUUAGACAGAAUGUCAUUAAUACAACAAAAACCGGAAAAUGUGCUAGUUGUAGCAAGUCCCAGAACGAUUUAGAGGUUAAACUGAAACGGUGCGCUCGCUGUUUGUAUAUUGCAUAUUGUAGUCAGGAUUGCCAAAGUAAACACUGGGCCUUGCACCGACGCGAUUGUCGCAAAGGUAUGAGGGACUCGAUUGGUCUUCCUUUUUUCGUAACUUUGCGAAAGCAGAAGCUUUCAUAUGACACGUUGUCAGCAAUGGCAUUACAAUAUGCCCGCUUUUCCGUUUCUACUGUCGAUAAAGAUAGUGAUGAAGGGGAUGCUGGGGAGUCUGACGAGAAGAAUCGACCGUUGAACAUCGACUCAGAAGCAUGUCAAAAACAAGCCUCAGUUCCAUCAGACGUCGAACCUGAAGAAAGGAAACAGAGUCAUAAAUGUGAUGGAGCGUUGAACACAGGAGCAAAAACUGUAGAGAACACUCAGAAAUCAAAGGAAGGCGGAAAGGAUGAGAAGAAGCGCCACUCGAAGCUUGAGGGUGCUUGCAACUUCAGUACAAGUGACGAGUUCAUAAUUAAAGCUUUCAUGAAACAAGAUCAGGAACCAGUUGUGCUGUCCAGUGACGAUUUCAAAGCAGACACCGUUUUAUCUGCUGCCUAUUUUGCAAUUGAAUGGCAAAAUAAUCAUAUUAAAGAGAAAGACACCAAAGACUUGUAUGCUUCAUUCAGACGUCGUCAGAGUAGCCUCCAAGAUGAUGAAACCGUUGAUUCUGAUAAAUGUUCCGUCGAGGACUGCUUCUCAAUGUUUUUGGAGCCUGAAAGACUUCAUGAAAAAGAUGGAUGGAAAUGCCCCAAGUGCAAGUCUAUUCAGGCCGUCAAGAAGGAAAUGGCGUUAAGCUACCCACCGCCGAUUCUUCUAGUACAUUUCAAGCGAUUCACGUUUGCGUCGUACGGGCAAAAAGUCACCAAAGGAAUCAGCUAUCCUAUUUGUGGUCUGGACCUGAGCCCAUACAUCGCUGAGGAGACGAGAGGCUUAUUGACAACACCUCCUGUAUACGAUUUGACUGGAGUCAUUUGUCACAAAGGGUCGAUGGGAAUCGGUCAUUACACAUGCAUGGUCCGCAGUCUUAGUCAGCAAGGUCAAACUGACAUCGGAUGGAGGUAUUUUGACGAUGAUCAUGUUGUGAAAAUUGACGAUGAAAGAGUGAUAGACCCUUCAGCUUACGUCCUCGUUUAUCGAAUGCGGGAAACCCCUCACGAUUUAAAGGCCGAUUAUCCGUUUCCUCUUGGUUCAGCCACUGCAACUGAAGGAAAUAAAGACAAGACUACCGCUCAGAGUAGAUUGCCUACUAGACAUUUGUCUGUUGACAGUGGUAUCAAAGAAUAUAGCAAUUUGUCGAUGGAAAACCCUGCAGGUAAAGAUCAUUUGAGGCAAUAUACACGAAAGCAGGAUCACGGUUCUGGAGAUAAACCGGCUUCACUCAAUGAGCAUCGGGUUGAUUCCACCUCGGAUUCCGCACACCGGUCCAUACCGGAGAUGAUUGAUUCAAAUCCUUGUCAAAAGGAGGAUACAGCGCAGUUGUCUGGCGGUUACAACUUGGAGCAAGUUAUUGAUGGACAUAUCACCCCCUUGUUUAGCGAAAUCGCGAUGAAAAAAUCGAAUAUCAAUUUUCAAGAUAAAGAAGUGAAGAACAAAAUUGAAUUCAAUUCAAGCAUAGAUUCGCAUAAAAUGGGUGCUGAUAAAUCUGCAUAUGAGAAUAUAUCACGUGACAAUGAACAAGACAACCAAGUAAGGUCAGAAAACCACAAUCUUUCAGGUAAAGACAAAACUACGGAAGAAGACCAGUUAAACAGUAAAUUUACUCAACCUGAACUGCAUUACGGAGCUGACAGUGCUCUAAGAGGAUUUGACGAUUGUGAUAUAAACGAAGAUGACAUUGAUUGAGUUGUGUUAAAAUUGUUUUAGUAUGUCUCGAUAUGGCAACGUUAGUUGCUUUUGGUUAUAAUUUGCGUACAGAUUUCAGUUUGCAUGGCUGCUUUUUCUCUCUUACACCAACUUGUCAUCAUUUACUACAAAUGUGCCAUCUGGGGUCUUGAGCCAAAAUGAUUCCCUGUGAAAUCAACAAAAGUUCGUUUUUACCUGCUCCUCGAAGAAGGAUCUGAAGUUUUUUCAUUCACGUUGAGUUGCUAGAGUAGAGAGAAGAUAAACGCAGAUGACUCUUAGAAUUUCAUUUGGAUUUUAGCUAAAAAAUUUUUAGAAUUUUUAAAUCAAGAGUAUUAAAGUCUGUUAGCCCUUUAAUUAUUCCUGUAGUUAUUCAAUUUUUUUGAACCAGUUGAAAGGCGAUAGAACUACCGUAGAAUGGUUCAUCUUUUCCCAUCCAUCUAGGAGGAAUUUCGUUUUGAAUCGUUAAUUAUCUUAAGCUUUAGAUCAUUAAUGUCAAAUUAUUACCGAGAAAGCUUGCCCUAGGUUAUUAAAUUGAUACACUAGGGGUAGAUUGAUGCUCAAUUUUACCAUUUAUCUCUCGGAUAUUUUUUUAUGGGCUUAUUCCUCCUGGAAAUCUCUAGUUGUCGCUCUCUUUACUUCGACAUAAAAGAGUCAAGAUUUUAGCUAUUUCAUUUAACCCCGGCCUUGAUUACGUUCGUUUAUCUCAUCAAAGCAAAUUAUUUGUUUUAACUGGCAAUGUCUGUACCACUGAUAUACCCAAAGUAAUUUUGGCAUGCUUUGCAGCAUAAUCAAACAGACUGUCCCUUGCCGACUCUACAGUUUGUACGCAUUAUUAAGACUCCUUUAAAAUGAAAGGCAGGAUUUAAUUGACACGUGAAACCUUCUUUAUAAAUGCCUUUCCACUAUCUGCAAAGACAAAAUUAUUUCGAAGACAAAGCUGAUAUGUAUAUAAAAAACUUUGAGCAGCGAUAGACAUUCAUCAAAAACUCUUUUCACAUUAUCUUAUUCUUUUUUCGCAUUCUUUUUUCGGGUAACACAGAACAUUUUGUGAUGGUGGCUCCUACAAAUCACUUUUUCUAUGCCUAAAACGUUUGGUCCAACAGAAAUUCCUAUUAUUAAUCGUAGCAUUGCAUCUUCACCUCUACAAUGUAACCGCACUGUAUCCUUUUAUCAGCUUAGAGUUGGCAAACUAUGGUAACGUUUUUAUGUAAGCUGCCGAUUCAAAUCAUGGGAAAAAUUGAUGUGAUCGGCGUAUAGUAUAGUUUAGAAUAUGUGUCAUAUUGUCAUAAUAUCAACAGCUAAAAAGGCAAGACCAAAGAAGAAAUUGCAACCAGAAGCAAAGCAAUAAAUGCCUCACAUGUUCUUUAAUCGUUCUAAAAAUUAGGUGAAAUACUCGAAAUAAAUGAGCGGCAGCAAUUAUUUAAACAGAUUUAAUUAAGUUGAAGGAUGGUUGAGACGGCCAUCAUUGAAGGUUUUCUAAAAAAAUUUGUCACAUCAAGGUUCCUGGGAGUAGGUUACUGAUAUAUAUUCAGAAUAAGAAUGCACAGAGUACUUUUUGCGCUUAGAAUUUGGAUGAAAAAUGUUUUUUGAGUAAGACACUUGUCAAAAUGCCUUUUUAGGUUCAUGACGUGCUAGAAUAUUUGUUGGUUUCAAAUGCUAAAGGAAAGUGGAAAAAGUCAUAUAGUAUAGUCGGGUUUGAAAGAAAGAAAAACAUGAAUACUUUUUAGGUAUAUUUCUAUCUUAUAUAUAUUUCUAUGAAAAUUUAGUUGCAUCUUAACAAGCAUCUUAGCGAGGCUUGCAGUCAUGAAUCAAUACGAGGUUAUCGUAAGCAACUUCGAAAUGCGUUAUCCAAGUACCUGAAAUUAAAAAGGGUACCUAAUUGUGCGUUUUUGGAGUCCGAAUACUAAUAGAUGCCAAUGUUUUCUGUAUUUACAGGUGUGAGGUAUUUUAAUAGAGAUAUGUGCUACAAGAAUAUAAAAUUAAGUCUAUUAACCGGCACAUUGCAAUACUGGGCACGUCUAGAUAAAGACUACUGCUUUGCCACAAAAUAUCGUCUGUUGUCAAAAACCUCUUCCUUGCACGAAACAGGGGCUCAAUGACACCAAUAUUUGCAGGUGGGCAAAAAGUUUGAGCUACAAACAAUGCUUUACUGCCUGCAAAAGGAAGUAGGUAUUUGCCAUCUUGCCCCUACGCUCCUGUGCGUGAGUAGGAAAAGGUCGAGGUUGGGGAUUCAUGAUGGACCGCUCAGGUUGGUCACCUUUGCAAACCCAUUUCGAAAGCAGAAGAAAAUUUUGAAAAGAAGUGAUGUGGAAGUCUACGCGCAGGUCUUGUUGCGUGCAUCCAGCAAAUUUAAAGUAACUAAAAAGUAACUAAACUGUUAUCUUUGACGAAAUAAAAGCUUCAGCAAAGGGCAUUAGCCGCAUCAUUAUGUAGAAUUCAGGAUCCACGCCACCGGGACCCCAUUUUAUUGCGAAGGAAAAUGUCAAAGCUGCAAUAAGAUAUGAAAGAAGGAAAUAUGUUGAACGGCGUGGUUUGACCUAGCAAAAUUACGAUUGAAAUUAGAGGGUAUGCCCAAUAACGCCGAGUAGUGAUUUUCAUGUUGCUAUUCUAUAGGUGGACCAGGACCUGAUCACCCUUUGAAAGCGGAUUCUGUCAACGACGCCAGAGCGCUCUUCUCCAUUAGCACGGAGAAUUAAAACAUUCUUGCGCUCAACGAUGACACAAAAGAGAUUAAAUUCUCUACCGAUUUUAGCUGUAACUUGUAUACAGCAUGUUUUUAAUCGAUGUCAUGUAGCAAACGAUUUUGUUGCCAAUAACACAAAAUCAAUUUGGCAAGUUUGUCAGCUCUAAUUGGUAAAUUUGUACUUUGUUUAUUUCAUUUUGCUAGUGAUAUUGGUAUAGUGUAAAAACUUUACCUUGUAUUAUAAUAUAACAUUCUGAAAAUAAAAAUGAGCGUAACUCAUUUUAAAAGUUUAUAUGCAUACUUCAUCCUAUUUAUAAGUUGAAUCCUUAUAACUGCAUUUAAAUAUAGUAUGUUCAUUCUUAUAUUUCAGUAUAUAUUGUAAUUAAAUUAUCAAUGUUGAAAAUAUGACUUGAGUUUAAGCUUGUGAUGUAACAGAAAAACAGGAAAUUCCGUUUUGCUUUUCACAACAUCUACUUUUAGUCAUAGAAGGUGGUCGCAAGUGUCGAUAAGUGUUUUGAUAAAAGUUUGAAGGGUUCAAACCUUGAUAACGAAGAACUCAGGAACCAUCAUUUCUAUUUCAGAAGGAACUUCUGGCCAACCUAACCAGCAAAUAUUGCAAAUUUUGGGCUACUUAAUUCAAGGUUAAUUCGUUAGCCUUGGCCCCAAGGGUCUUUUUUAACAAACCAACUAGGAGGCUUUAUUAAAAAAGGGGCUAUUGUCCUUCUCUUUAUGUAAACAAAGGGCUGCCCCCGCAGCUGAGUCCCCUUCGAAAAGGCUAUGUUACCCCCCCCCCCCCACUUUCGAAAUUUGUGGCGUGGGCCCUGGUGUUACAUCAUAUGCGAGAAAAACGUCUUUCGACCAUUUGACACCAUUUGACUUGUUCCUUAAACAUUUUCGAUUGAACUGGCGUUGCUAUACUAUACUGUUUAAUUACAUUUUAAGGAAAACGAUAUUCUUCCAAUAAAUCUGCGUUCAAAAUCAAGCUGGAAUGAGUCGAGAAUUAAAAGCCAAAAUAGAAGAUGAAUUUUAAGUGUUCUUUCAACUGUUCAAGUUCAACUCCUUCAUGAAAUACUGCAGUCAAGGAAACGAUUCCCUUAUGACUCCUAAGCUGUCACACACCUUAAGACCACACAAGAAAACUUCUUUCAUUUCAAGAAAAUAAAGAAAAUUUAAUUCGAAAAAGCUGUUUAUUCCUUUAUUGUUGCUAUCUGCUAUCUACUUUCCAACUAGAUAAAAGGUGAAAGUGAAUUUUGAGAAAAGAAUAACGCCAGUUUAUCCAUUUCCACAGAAACCUCAGUUUUCAGCUUCAAAAUUGAUCAAAAUUGAUAAGGUAUCUAUGUAAUAUAAGCAGUUGAAAUAAUAAGAAAGUAUGAAAACGUAAAGAGAGUUUACACUUGCAAGUUGCUGAAGUUAACUUAGAUCGAGCAGUUAGUAUGAAUGCAAACAUGAACGUCGAAGUAUGAAAUAGUUUUCUGCAGUGUCUAGAAAUGUUGCAAGGUUGAUUGUCAAAGGUAUUGUUGGGAGAUGCUGAGAGCGUUUAACACACCUAUUCAACAUCACUAAACAUCAUUGAACAUCACUGUAAAAAGGUUGAGCGAUGUUCAAUGCAAUGUUGAGAGCGUUUUAACGGGGCUUAAUGGUUUCCAAUUGAUAUUUAAGCUGCCUAAUGCUAAAGAGCUCUACAACGUUAACGGUUAUCUUUUUAAUUACAUUCUUACUAAUAAAGUCAAAAUAUAUGUCUAGAAGUAGAGACUGUGAACUAGUUUUUCAAACAAGCUCCCAUUUCUCUAAAAUUGUCAUCUACUUUGAAACAGAUUUUCUUCUCCCGUCUUCUCUCUAUGGCACUAUUUGGUACCAUCUGGCGCUCUACGCCUUUUAUAAAAGCCGCACUGAAACCAAGCCAAUGAAAACAGAAACAACGGUGUUGAAGAUACCAUCGCUUUUAAGCAUUUUGCCACUUUCGAGAUAGGAACAGCACUAUUUCCAUUUGCAUCGUUUCACCAAUGAUCCCCACCCACUGCAAGUUUUUCGACCAUCGCGCCAUUAUGAAUCAGUUCUGCUGCGCAGUCAAAAUGGCCGUUCCUCACCGCUCCAUCCAGUACACUUUUCCCCGUGCAAUCGAUGGCAUUCACAUUUGCCCCGUGCUCUAUCAGCAGUCUGAUGCAGUUAAAACUGCCAGACAGAGCUGCAUGGUGAAGCAAGCUUUGUCCUGAAGCCGUCUUAUAGUUCACAUCAACGUUGCAUUUUUGCAGAAUCCGUUCGCAUUCUUCGAUGUCAUCUUCAGCCACUGCCGUCACCAGUAGCACCUCUGGUUGAAAACUGACACUUUUUGUACGUGAAAUGGUCUUUUUUAACAAGCCUUUAUUGAACAGUUUGAAUCUCGGACCAGCGAACAGGGAUGAUCGCUUCGUUUGCUGUUCAAGGUCUGACGGCAAUGAUUUUGAUUUGUAUAUUGUCUUGCGGUAAUUUUCACUUGGGCAUUCCUUAAUGCAGUUUCUUGUUAAUACAUUUUUUGACACAACCUUGGAGCUUGGGGGCGUAAUGGUCGAUUUUCUUCUUCUCAUCAUCAUGUCUGGGUAUC